AUGUUGGCCACUGGGCGCGGCAGCAUUGCCCAGGUGCACUACACCGGGGAAGAGGCUGCAGGUGAAAUCAACAAGCUCCUCAGCGCUGUGGUGGAGAGUGAAGAUGAUUUCGACAAAUGGGAAGCACUCGUCACUCGCGCCUCCGAGCUUGAAGGCGGCGUCACCCGCAACUCCAGUCCCUCGACCAUCGAGCUUGUCCGCAACGUCUACGAUUGCUUUCUUACCAAGUUUCCGCUGUUCUUCGGUUACUGGAAGAAGUAUGCCGACCUCGAGUUCUCGAUUGGCGGUACAGAAACUGCCGAGAUGGUAUAUGAGCGUGGUGUCUCGUGCAUCACUACUUCAGUAGACUUGUGGGCCAACUACUGCAGCUUCAAGAUGGAUACGUCGCACGACAACGACAUUAUCCGAGAGCUAUUCGAGCGAGGUGCUCACUUUGUCGGUCUGGAUUUCCAGAGCCACCCAUUCUGGGACAAGUAUAUCGAAUUCGAGGAGCGUAUCCAAGAGCCAGCCAAUGUUACCAAAAUCUACAGCCGUGUUUUGCACAUACCCAUCUACCAGUUUUCUCGGUACUAUGAGAAAUUCUCCGUCCUUCUCUCCAACCGUCCAGUAGAAGAGUUGGCCAGUCCCGGAACACUCGAAAAGCUGAAAGCCGCGGUUCAGCUCGAGAAUCAGGGACAACCUGACAAGCCAGCGCUUGAGAUUGAGCGGCAGCUGCGCGCCAAGAUAACUGAAUGGUACUACGGCUCGUACUCAAAGACACAGCAGGAUGUUACCAACCGCUGGACCUAUGAGCAUGCCAUCAAGAGGGCCUACUUCCACGUCACCGAGCUCGAAGAGUCCGAGCUUGAGAAUUGGCGCAAGUAUCUAGAUUACGAAGAGAAGCAGGGUGACUUUGAGCGUAUCGCGUUCCUGUAUGAGCGCUGCUUGGUCGCAUGUGCUUUGUACGACGAAUUCUGGCUGCGAUAUGCCCGCUGGAUGUUUGCCCAGGGCAAAGAGGAGAAUGCAAGGAUCAUCUACAUGCGAGCCAGCUGUAUUUUUGUGCCCAUCUCAGCCCCCGCCAUACGCCUCAACUGGGCUCGUUUCGAAGAGAAACUCGGUCGAACAUCUGUCGCUCGUGAUAUCUACCUGGCUAUGCUCGAGGAGGCACCAGAGCACACCGAGACUCUCAUCUCCCUUGCAGGUCUAGAGCGACGGCACGAAGGCAAUGACGCGGCUGUCCGCCUUCUAGAGCAGUACAUUGACCGUUCCAAUAACCAGAUUGGCGGCAUACUCGCAGCUGAGCAAGCACGUAUUCUCUGGCAGUGCAAGAGCAGCAUCAGCGAAGCUCGUCAAGUCUUCAAGGACAAGCAUGAGCGAUUCCUAGACUCGCGUGAGUUCUGGAUGAAGUACUUGGAAUUCGAAAUUGCACAGCCUUCUCCCAGCCAAGAAGCGGCGCAUGCUCGGAUCAAGGCGGCUCACGAGCUGAUGCGCACCAAAGGUCGCUUCUCUGCUGAGACAUCGAAAGAGUUGUCACACUAUUACAUGGCCUAUCUCCUGAAUCGGGGCGGCAAGAAUGCAGUCGAAGAGUACAUGCAGCUGGAUAAAGAAGUAAACGGGUAUGUAUCAUCUGUUCAAAGAGCCCACUCCCAAACUCCUGCCCAUUAG